GUUACUUAGGGCCUUGCUAAAUUGCUAAUGCUGUCUUUGAACUCACGAUCCUCCUGCCUCAGCCUCCCAAGCUGCUGGGAUUACAGGCUUGUGCCACCACACCAAGCUGUGUCUGCAUUCCUUAUGGCCAUUCUCUUUGAUUCAGUUCUGACUACACCCUCCUCAGAGAUCUAUCCACUAGCUGCCAACUUGCUGAUCCUCUGAAAGGCAGGCUCCCAGGACCCCAAAAGCCUAUUGUUGUUAUAAAGAUCAUCACUCAUUCUUGAGUUUUUGGGAACAUCAGGCUCCCAAUUCCCCUGUAGCCUGGAGAAGCAACCCUGUUGCUUCACCAGACAGCUGGCUCAUGCUGGUCCAGAGGUCUCCAACUCCUCUCAGUCUCCUGCCUCCCCCUGUUCUUCUUCCAAUUUUCUCAUUUUCCUAUUAGAGGAAGAGGGUGGAGACCAAGCUCCAUGUCUUCAUUGGAAAGGGUUGAUACGGCCAGGUGUGGUGGUACAUGCUUGUAAUCCCAGUUGCUCAGGAGCCUGAGGAGAGAGGAUGACAGGUUUGAGGCCAGCCUUGGAAACUUAGCAAGACCCUGUCUCAAAAUAAAAUAAAAUAAAAUAAAAUAGAAGAAAGGACUGAUAUAUCUAGGCUCAGAGAGGAAAUGCCUGGAUCAAGUUUUGUUUUGUUUUGGUGGUGCUGGGAAUUGAACCCAGGGUCUUGGGCAUGCUAGGCAAACACUUUACCAACUGAGCUAUAUCACUAGCCCCUGGAUCAAAGUUUUGAAGCUAGAAGAAGUAUAGACAACAUUUGCUGGUCUCCUUUCUGGCUUUGUGUUCUUACCUGUAAAUCCAUACAGAUGGACUCUUUUAGUGUUUCUCAUGGUAAAAUUGGCCUGUUGCAUGAUGAUCAUCAGGCACUUGUUAAAAGGCUGGUUCCUAUUUCCUGCACUAUGAAUUCAACCCUGAAGGUUUUCAAGAGCUUUCCAGAAUCUUUUUUUACAUGUAUCCCAGGUGAAUGUGGUACACAAAGUCUGUGACUCCCAGAGCUAGAUGCAGUCUAUUUCCUCUCAGCUAUGAGGUCUUCAGUCUUGUCUCCAUCUGAUGGAAGAGACUGAAUGUGAGAUAAUUUGUCCAACGUCCUGCAUCUUGAAGGCCAAAGAACCCGGUCUCCUGCCUCCUAGGGCAGAAUCUUUGUACUGCACCUUAGACUCAUCCAGGAAGACAGAAGGAGAGACAAAGGAGGAGUGAGGUUGCUGGGGCCCUUUGGGCUUUGGGGGAACCUGGACCAGACCCUGGCCCAGUAGGAUGCCCCCGUGUCCUCCCCAGCAGAGCAGGAACAGGGUGACACAGCUGCCCACUGUGGAGCUGGGCGAGAUGGAACUGACUUGGCAAGAGAUCAUGUCCAUUGCUGAGCUGCAGGGUCUAAAUGCUCCAGGUGAACCAUCCUUUGAACCCCAAGCCCCAGCCCCAUUCCCUGGACCUCCACCACCCCCAACCUACUGUCCCUGCUCAAUCCACCCAGAUGCCGGUUUUCCACUUCCUCCACCACCUUAUGAGCUCCCAACAUCCGCGACUCAUGUUCCAGAAGACCCCCCAUACUCCUACGGCAACAUGGCCAUUCCAGUCUCUAAGCCACUGACCCUCUCAGGCUUGCUCAGUGAGCCCCUCCCAGACCCCUUAACUCUUCUGGACAUUGGGCUGCCAACAGGGCCACCCAAGCCCCAAGAGGACCCAGAAUCAGACUCGGGAUUAUCCCUCAACUACAGUGAUGCUGAAUCUCUUGAGCUGGAGGGGACAGAGGCUGGUCGGCGGCGGAAUGAGUAUGUAGAGAUGUAUCCAGUGGAGUACCCUUACUCACUUAUGUCCAACUCUUUGGCCCACCCCAACUAUGCUUUACCACCUGCUGAUACCCCUAUGGCCAUAGAGCCCUCCUCAGGCCCUGUGCGCCCUAAACCUACUGCACGGGGGGAGGCAGGAAGUCGGGAUGAGCGACGGGCCCUGGCCAUGAAGAUUCCCUUCCCUACGGACAAGAUUGUCAACUUGCCGGUAGAUGACUUUAAUGAGCUGUUGGCACGGUACCCACUGACUGAGAGCCAGCUGGCACUAGUUCGGGACAUCCGUCGUCGGGGCAAGAACAAGGUGGCUGCCCAGAACUGUCGUAAGAGAAAGCUGGAAACCAUUGUGCAGUUGGAACGAGAGCUGGAGCGGCUGGGCAAUGAGAGGGAAAGGCUUCUCAGGGCCCGGGGAGAGGCAGACCGUACCCUGGAGGUCAUGCGCCAACAGCUGGCAGAGCUGUAUUGUGACAUUUUCCAGCACCUUAGGGAUGAAUCUGGCAACAGCUACUCCCCUGAUGAGUACGCUCUGCAACAGGCUGCAGAUGGGGCCAUCUUUUUGGUGCCCCGGGGGACCAAGAUGGAGGCCACGGAGUGAGCUGGCUCAGAGGAGAUGGGGACUGAUAAUGGGGAUUUCCCUCUUUCCCUUCUGAUAAAGGGAACCUCAAGAUCCAAAAGACACUGAGUUUUCUAGAACUAAAGAAGAAAGGGGGAACCCUGGCAUUUGGAAGCUUCAAGUUGUGUUUAAAGAGGCUUGCCUUGACUGGGGACUCAGCUCAGUGUCUGCAGCUCAGUGGUAGAGGGUUUGUUUGCUUGCAUAGGAUGCUUAGCAUGUGCAAAGUCCUGGGUUUAAUCCUCUGCACUGCAAACAAACAAACAAAAACAGGGAAUGGGAAUGAAAAUGAGGCUUGUCUUUAGGUCAGGGGAGGGGUUUAGCUUACUGGCCUCCAACCUCCACCUCUAAUAUAGACUUUGGUCUAUAAAAAGUU